UUGGUUAUGUCAGAACAAUAACAAUUCAACUGGCAAACAACAAACAAAGGCAACAAGAACAAGGUGAUUGACGUGCUUAGUUCCCCAUGAAGAUGGAUACCAAACAUGCCUCAUAUAUAUGAGUCCAUCUUGACUCAUGGCGCUCAAGGCCUCACGGGGAAGAUUAAUCCACUGUCCACGAGCUGGUUUGAGUUGACAGUGGUCAAUGGUUGAGGUUAAUGGUCAAUGGUUGAGGUGGGUGAAUGGUUGGGGGCCCAGCCUCUCGGGGCCCUCAGUGUCCGCCGCGCUCACAGGUGCUGCACCAGUCUUACUCAUCUCCUCAAGGAGGGUGUUGACUCGGGGUCCCAUGAGUGAGGACUCAUGCUCUCAUCAGGCAGGCAGAAAGAUUGGAGGGCUCCCAGAAGCAACGGAAUGGUAGAGAAUGGUGUAGAUCAGUUGAUGAGACGUUAAUAAUGAUGUCAUUAUGGUAAAGGAAGAUGUGGUAAAAUUCAUAGAGGCUCUGAUUUCAACGUGAGAGUUUUGGAAGCUAUGGGAACGUGCUGUUUAAAUGUAACCUGUUCCACAGUGAUUUUACCUGACAUCGGUGAAGACCUGCAUUAUGACACAGCCCGGACUCUAACUUAGAAGAUUAACAGAUAACUAAUGCUUGCUGUCAAUACGUGAUAAAAUACUGUGUUGUGACUUGAAUACACACAGGCUUCAACAACUUCAGUCACCAUGGAUCCUCUUUUCUUCAACAUGACUGCAUUCUGCGGAACGGAUGAUUUUAGUCUUUGGGACCGAAAAAGACUAAAUUUCGGAGUGUGCUUCCAGAAGGCUGUGCUCAUAACACCAGUGUUUGCCUUUUUGGCCAUCGUCUCGGCUUUCUUCAUGGGCAGAGAAUCAAUAUGGGUCGUCCGCAGACAGAAGCAGAUGGUGAUAAUUUAUACCAGGAUUGCCAUAUCCGUUCUCUCCGUAGUGAUGGUCGUGCUCGAACCCAUUCUGCUCUUCUAUGUUGGCCACUCACACAUAUACUGGGUUGACAGCCUCGUUAUUGGAUCCCAGGUACUAUCAUGGCUGGUGCACCUGGGCUACCUGAACUCCCUCAUGACACGGCUGAGUAUUGGAACGCGUGGCCCUACUCUCGUCAUCGUCAGCUGGGUGCUGACCUUGCUCUGUACCAUCAACUUGGCAAGAACAACUUGGUACGAUGAAAAUGGAGUCUCAAAAGUCACAGAAAACAUUUUGAGAUAUGUGUCUUUGACGCGGUUGUGUUUGCAGAUUUUGUAUCUAUUUACGCUGUUCCCGAGGGGCAGUGCUGGAGUGUCCCAGUACCAGGAGUUGCAUAGGGAAGCAACAGAGACGACCCCACUCAUGGAAACAUCUUAUAACGACUACAGCCGGUUUCAUGAGGCUGCUGACCCAUAUAAUCUGGGCACUGCGGAAGAAAGAGUCAAUAUGCUCUCCUAUCUUACCUUCCAUUGGGUCAACGCCCUCAUGGAGAAAGGCUCUCUCGGUAACUUGCGCACCCAAGAUGAUCUUCAUGACCUUCCCAUACAAAUGCGUACGGAUGUCAUUGCCCAAAAGGUUCACAGAACAAUGAUGAUUAGCCAGCCAUUACCUAGUGAUGAAUAUGAGCGACCAACUCGUCAGAAGUACGCGUUUCUUAGAGCCCUGCACAAGUGUUUUGGCGUGCAGUUCUACAGUAUUGGUUUGUUGAAGCUUGCUGGCGAUACCUUAGGGUUUGCCGGACCCCUUCUGUUGCAUGAGCUCGUCUCAUUUAUUGAAAAUAAGGACGAAGACAUUUUGAAAGGAUAUACAUACGCUGGAAUGCUGUGUGGAGCCGCUCUUAUAGCCACAUUUUGUAGUAUUCACUUCAACUACUUGUUGGCCAAGGUGAACCUUCGUCUCCGUGCUGCUGUAAUAUCUGCGGUUUACCGAAAGGUUCUUCAGGUCAGUGCUGCUAACUUGAGCAGGUUUUCUACUGGUGAAGUUGUCAAUUUGAUGAGCACCGACACAGACAGAAUUGUCAAUUUCUGCCAGUCAUUUCAUGCAUUGUGGAGCCUUCCUCUACAGCUUGGUGUGACGCUUUUCCUGCUGUAUCAACAAAUUGGAAUAGCCUUCUUAGCUGGUGUUGGUGUAACAGUGAUCCUAAUUCCCAUCAACAAAUGGCUUGCCACAAAAAUAGGUAAACUGAGUGUGGAGAUGAUGUCUUUCAAGGACCGUCGUGUUGGCCUAAUGACUGAGGUCCUCAACAUGAUCAAAACAGUCAAGCUCAAUGCCUGGGAAGGAACAUUUAAGCACCGUAUAUAUGAUGAGCGUUACGGAGAGGUGAAGGCCCUGGCUAGCCGCAAGUACCUGGAUGCUGCGUGCGUUUACUUCUGGGCUGCAACACCCGUCCUCAUACCUAUAGUGACCUUCACAGUGUACAUCAUUCUUGGCAACCCCUUGGAACCAGCACGUGUGUUCACUGCCGUUGCACUCUUCAACAUGUUAAUAAUGCCUUUGAAUGCAUUUCCCUGGGUUAUCAACGGAAUGGUGGAGGCGUGGGUCUCCCUCAGGCGUGUGGAGCGUCUCAUGGAGCUACCGGAGCAAGAUUUGAUGAACUUCUACACAGUAGUUCCGGAGAUGAGUCAUAAGGACUCAGAACUGCAGGUGCUCAUCACGAACGGAACAUUUACUUGGAAUAGCUCGUGCAUGCAAGAUGAACCAGAACACCAAACAGCAGGGAGUUCGCCCUCUGGGUCCCACGUGUCACUGGUUGACUCCCAGAAUGGGAACGGCAAUGGGGACCAAGCCAUUCUGCCUACACUCCGACGAAUCAACGUACAGCUCUCUAAGGGCCAAGUGGUGGCUAUUGUUGGGCGUGUUGGGUCAGGGAAGACGUCCCUCAUCAAUGCCAUAUUGGCAGAGAUGAUCAAAGCUCACGGAGUGGUGGCAGUCGCAGCACUUCACACUGGUUUUGGCGUAGCAACACAGCGUCCCUGGAUACAAAAUGGGUCAAUUAAAGAUAAUAUUCUUUUUGGAAGCAGCUUGGACAUCACCCGUUACAGAACUGUGUUGUCUGUGUGUGCCUUGGAUGAGGAUCUCUAUGGCUUUCCACUGAGGGAUAACACACUCUGUGGUGAAAAUGGAUCAUCGCUAAGUGGUGGUCAGAAGGCUCGUGUUGAUCUCGCUCGGGCAGUCUAUCAGAACAAGAGCAUUUAUCUACUGGAUGACAUGCUGUCUGCGGUGGAUGGGCCGGUUGCUCAACACAUCAUGCGACACUGUAUUCAUGGAUUUCUGGCAGGCAAAACAGUGCUAAUUGCUACGAACAAUAUCAACCUCCUCACCAGGGUCGACUGGAUCAUUAACAUCAAAAAUGGAGAAAUAGACUCUCAGGGACCUCCUGCAGUUCUCUUGCCAAAGCUUGUCUCAGAAGAGGAAAUUUCAGAUGACUGGUGGGAUGAGGCCACGAAUAAUCAAUUAUCCGGGGCGGUUGCUAGUAAGCACUCCUUGGAUAUAUUUGCUACAGGACAUAGCAAGAGUAUUGACACAACGCUAAGGAGCACUACUGAGGAAGAGCGGGAUUAUGGAGAGUUGAGUGGUGCUGUUUACUGGACUUACAUCACUUCGGUGGGUGGAAUGCUCUCCGCCACUGUCUUCUUCUCCAUGAUACUCAUGCAGGCCUCCCGCAACCUGACCGACAUGUGGUUGGCUCACUGGGUGUCACAAGUUCAUAAGGAAAACAGCUCCGGAUUGAGGGUACUUGAUGAUGAUGAUACCGGGUCGUGGUUACACACUGGAAAUGGUUCCAAUUUUUCCUUCAAACCAACCAGUCAGUUUGUGGCAGCACAAGAAUCAUCUGGAGCAGAUUUUUCUACGGCGGUGGAUCCCAGCACCAAGUUCUACCUUACUGUCUAUGGGAUUUUGGCAGCAUCCAACUCUAUCUUUACCUUAAUGAGAGCUUUCCUCUUUGCCUACGGAGGCAUCUGUGCCGCUAAAGCCCUCCACAGACAACUCCUGGAUGUUGUUCUUUACGCAAAAAUGACAUUCUUCGACAACAACCCAAUGGGUCGGAUCUUAAACCGGUUUUCUUCAGAUCUCUACACUGUGGACGACUCUCUGCCCUUCCAGAUGAACAUUUUCCUUGCUCAGGUUUUUGGACUACUAGGUUCUGUUGUGGUGACUGUGUACGGCAUGCCAUGGAUUACCUUAUUGUACAUUCCAUUAGCCUUUGUGUAUUAUACCGUCCAACACUAUUACCGUCAUACCUCUCGUGAUUUGAAACGACUGCACGCUGUCUCCCUCUCACCCUUGUAUGAACAUUUCACGGAAACAUUGCAGGGUCUCCCUGUAAUUCGUGCCAUGAGGGCUGUACAUAGGUUCAGUGUACGGGCAGACAGUCUCCUGGAGGUGAGCCAGCGUGCACAGUUUGAUAUCCAAAUUGCCUCACAGUGGCUCAACUUGAGGCUUCAGCUGAUUGGACUGGCCAUGUUGGCGGGUGUGUCAGUUCUUGCCCUUCUCCACCACCAUUUUGAUACUAUCGAUGCAGGCAUGGUUGGUCUGGUGAUCGCAUAUGCCUUGACAGUGAGUAACUUCCUUAACAGUGUGGUUGGCUCUCUCACUGAAACUGAGCGGGAGCUGGUGAGCGUGGAACGAGUGCACCAGUACUUGCACGGGACAGAACAAGAGCGUCGUGAGGGCACCCUUCUUCCUCCGCUGGGUUGGCUUAGUCAUGGCACGAUUCGGUUCCAAAAUGUCUACUUAAGAUAUCAAGCUCACAACCCUUACGCGCUACGAAAAGUAAACUUUGAAAUCGGCACAUCGGAAAAGGUUGGAAUAAUAGGCCGAACUGGAGCUGGGAAAAGUUCCAUAUUUAUGGCACUUUUCCGUUUGGCAGAGGUGAGCCGGGGACAUAUCUUCGUGGAUAACGUGGAUAUCUCGAAGCUGAGCCUUAAAAAACUGCGGUCCAGCAUGGCCAUAGUGACACAGGAUGUCCUCCUGUUUAGUGGAACUGUUCGAGAGAAUCUAGACCCCUGUGCCGACUCUCUUGAUGCACAAGUAUGGCAGGCCAUACAGUCGUGCCAUCUCACCACACUGGUAAACAGUAUGGGCGGUCUGGAGGCUCGCAUUGAUGAAGCAGGACGGACAAUGUCAGCGGGGGAGAGGCAGUUGUUUUGCCUGGCCCGAGCACUGCUCUGCCGCACCAAGAUUGUCUGCAUAGAUGAAGGAACCUCACAGCUGGAUCAUGAAACGGACGAGCAGAUUCAGCAAACAAUUCGCAGUGCCUUCCGCAACAAGACAGUUAUCAUCAUCGCUCAUCGUGUACACACUGUCCGUGACUGUGAUAAAAUUCUGGUGAUGAGUGAUGGAGAAAUAGUGGAAUGUGGACGACCUACAGAAUUGUUGGCAGACAGAAGCUCCAUGUUUUACUCCAUCCUACAGUCGCAGUGAGAGACGAGUGAAAAGUUAAUAAUUUUAGCAUUUUCUACUACCAAAGCAAACGAAACAUUUAUAUUUUCUUAUAAUGAUACAAAGUAAGCGUUAUAUGGAUUCGUGUAUUUUCCAUAACUCGUAGCACAGUAGGAUUUGCCAAACCUACCUGAACAUUGUGGCUACUACUAGCAUCUAAAGUUUCUUCACCCAGGGAGCAAGCUACACCAUGUGGGGCCUUGCCUCGCGUGGUGUAGCAUGUGUAGGGUGAUGGUAGGUGCCUGAAAUUGCAUAUGUUUCUAAUGGCAUGAAAUAAGUUACUGCUGUUACUUUGUAAUAUUUACAAAGAAAGUGAAAUGGAUGGUAGCAUAAAGAUGGACUUAAAAACAAGUGAAAGUAAUACCAAGUAGAAAGUGGGAAAAAUUAAUUGCAUUUUAUCUAUGUAUUUCGUGACAAAGAUUUUGCAAAACAGCAAAGCUUUUAUAAGCAUCUUGUUGUACUUGUAUUAAAUCAGAGCUGAAGUAUGUAUUAAGUGAAGGAAAGUCUGAGCUGUUAACAGCAUUGAUGAAGAGCCUCAACACAGUAUUGUUGGAAUUUUGUGCUGAAUUAUUUAUAUGCUGCAUUGAGGAACAUCAUGCAGUAUUGAUAAAUUUCAUGGAGUAUUGAUGAAUUUUAUGUUGUAUUUAUUGGUAUCGGUAUUAACAACUUGGACACGAUCCAAGUAUUAAUAUUUAUAUUUAUUUAUUCAAUAAUUAAUACCAGAAUUGUUUUUCUGGAAUGUGUAUUGUUUUAUGUUUGAGUUAUUGAGACAACACGAGGGCCCAGUUUAACAAAUACAUCUAUGCAAAAAAAUAGCACGUACAACACAAUAAAUUGGAUAUGUAAAGUAAGUAAUGUGUGUGACAAUUAUCCUGUUCAUUAUUGUAUUGUGUUGCAUAAUAUUCUAGUUGUUCUCCAUUCCCACCCCUGCAUUACUGGCCUUUUAAUACAGAACUUAACCCCUUUUACUAAGAUUUUACCCUCGAGAGCUGGCAGGGAUUGUGGACCUCAUUUAUAAGCAUGGCUACCUGGUGACUGUUCUGGACUAAAUCUCUAGGGUUUCUGAUUUACAAAAUUUUGAUUUAAAUUAUAUAUUUCAUUGUUUAUAGACAAGGGUAAAUUAUAAUGUUGGAUUUUGUUGCUCUUUGGGUUAUGUUUAUAAUAAGCGCAGGCUUUGAUAAAUGUACACUACUGGUAAAUACAAACGGCAAGUAUUGUGCUCGUCAUUAAUUCAUACUUUGCGGUUACCUUGUGUUGGCUCCAGGGAUCAACGUCCCUUUGGCCAGGUCUCUGACCAGGCCUCCUGAUAAGUAUGGUAUAUUAUUAUUUAUUAUUGUAUUUGUAAAAUACAUUAGAAUAUCUUGAAAUGCCAACACUAUAAACAACUUACCAACAAUAAUUGUAAUACAAAGGUACUGUUGUUUGCAUACAUUCUACAGCAGCUUUUAGACAAUAACUUACUAGAAAUGGAAGGUGCACAUCCUCAAACCCAACCAAUUCCAUCAGGAACAUCAGCUAACAUUUCGCCUGGGCUUCUUACCUACAAAGGAUGAAAGAUGGUGCAAAGGAGUAGAGCGAGUCAUCACACGAGUAAUUUCCCCGUUGGUUUAAUUUUGAUUGGAAAUGUACGCAUGUUCUUAGUUGCUGGUCUUGGAUACACAUACUGUACUCGUGCUCCUCAAAAUUGACCGUACAAUAAUGUCUAGACAAUUUACCACAGAAUCACGACCGCAUUUAUAAGUGUAACUUACGCUGCUGCAUAAGCCUUUCUCUUGGCAACAUCAUGAGGAUUGUAAUGACAUGAGCAGUAGUGCAGGUUCAUGCCAGAAAUGUACAACUUUACCUGUACAUAUUCUCAGCAGACGGAGUUGCUUUUACACCACUUACCUAUUUUCUACACAUUGAAACUAGACUGGUAGUUAAAUUUAGGUAGUCAUGGUGAGUGCAUUAUGUUUAUUCUAUGAUGGUAAAUGAAGAGUAAAAUAGUCAUCAGCUAAUCAGAGCUAAUGUUUACAUGUUGACCUAACCUGGCAGAAGUUACUUAUAUCUGUAAUCUACACACACUCACUCUGGUGCCGGGCUGAAGUUGUAAAUUGGAUAAAUAUCUUAGUUAUAUUUUAUUUUAUACUUUUUAGUACAUUAUCUAAAUUUAUUUAUAGAUAAAUUUUAGUAUUUAUCUAAAUAUACUAUUUAGAUAAAUAUUUUAUACUUUAUUACAUCUCCUUAGAUUUACAGUAUGUUGUCAUCAUUUGACAAAUACCAAUUGCACUAACACAAUAGUGUUUAUUUCAAUUUUUUAUUGUUAAACCUUUUGUCAUAUUAUAAUUGUACAAUUUUUUUAUGAUAUAAGGGGGAUUUACUUACGGCACUUCCUUUAUAAGAUAUAAAGGAAGUGCCGGUGGUUCAGGAACCACCUCCAUCUCUGGCUUCAGCCGUCUGGGCUUAGCAUUUUAUCAAAUUCUUGUCCAAUAAUAAGGAAAACAGUAGAUAUUAGUCAUAUCAGUGUUCAAAUUGGUUUUUAAGUAGAUGUGAUAACCAUAGUGUCUUUCUCUUGAAUUAAUACAAAGUAAAAUGCGAAUAAUUAUUAUGUGAAUUUGUUGAAUAUAUUUAUUGUGGAAUUUGCUGUAAAUUUUAUUGUUGAAUUUUCCGUGUACAGUACUUGAAUGAAUGUAAUUUUAGAUAUUGCAUGUGAUUACAGAGAUUACAGAUAUACUCAUUCACAGUUUUAAAGAUUUAAUGAAGAGAAACUAUAAGAUGUAUAAUUAUUUUCUGUUGUAUUUAUUAACAACUCUGCAGAUGAAGUCAUGAAGAGUUUACUUGCACUUGAAUGCUAAAUAAUGCAAUGAUUUGCAUCUCAUGGAUCUAGUGUAACUAGUUCAUAAAGAUCAUGAAGUCUUUUGCCUUAGGUAUCCGGAAUUUAGUGAACAAAAUUCAUAAAUUUUUGUUUUCAAAAUUAUAAAGUUAAAAUAACUGUAAAUAUAUUAAAGAAGUUUACACUCUACAUGCAGAUGUUAAGAUACAGUAGCAUCUACUGUUUCCAUGAAUCUGUCUAUUGCAUUUUAGACCAUGAUUCUUCUGUAUUAGCUCUCUGUAGCAGCAACCUCUGCAACCUUUUGUUCCCACUGAAGGUAUAAAUAUGAAUUAAAAUUACUUUUGAAUGUAAUGAAACGCCUCUAUGGUAGGCCCACCAGAACGAGCCAUCUCACUAUAUUCAAUGCUGGAUUUCUGGGCGGGUCGUGUUUCCAGUCUAUAGUACAGUAUCAUAAAUACAUCCAACAAAUGUACAGUAAGUACCAAGGAAUUUGAUGUACAUUAUUUAAAGUCAUACUCAUGCUCUUUAUGUAUUUACCAUGGAUCAUUAUAGCAUUCAUUAUAGUAAACAAGUCAAACAAUUAAGUUUCCUUUUGUGUAUAAAUGUUGUCAUCGCCAAGCUUGUGAAUAACUGUGAACGUGCAGAACUGUCCAGUAUAUGUACAGUAUUACAUUUAUACGUCACGAUGGACGAAUGAAAUGUUCUUUAAUUAUAUUUAAAAUCAUAAAAAAAGAUCACAUUUUCAUAUGCCACCAACAAUAGCUACAUCUGGUAGACCAUUUUCUCUUGGUAAAACAUGCUCAAGUAACACUGAAUGAAUGUUAUCGAUGUAGAUUGAAUACAAAAACUUUAAUGUAGGUACCCAGACUUUGGUUCUAUUUUGCAAAAUCAGUAAUAGCAGAUGAUUUCUGCAAUGAAAAAAAUUGAAAUAAUACUUUGGCAAUGCAUUAUUUAUUUUAAAUAUCUACAGUACAUCAGUAUUAAAUAAUGUAACUUCAUUAUUUUUACUAUUAAACUGUACAAUGUUUCUUUUCGGCAAAAUAAUUUGCCUUAUGUUCGUUGAUGUCACAGGGAGCAUCACUAAAAUACGUCUUAACAUGCAGCCUGUAAUGUAAAUAUGAUGCACAUUAUAUCCUCUUUUCUACUCAUUAGUGAUAUUCAGCUGUUGCACUCUUCAUAAUGUUCCUGAUUUACACAAGAGCAACACCACAUAAUGUAACAAUGGUAUUCACUCUUGUGGUACCAUCGGAGAUGAACAUUUCCAUAACCACAUACUUGAGUUAUUUUGUUUGUUUCAUUUUAUGUGUAUAUUGUUUCCAAGAUGUAAAUUUUUAAUUUUCUGUUAUAGUUGAUGUAUUUAAAGCAUUUUAUACAGGAUAAAUAUUUAUAUUUAAAUUUUGUUACAUAAAGACCCCACUGUAAAUGUUUAUGCUCUUUUCUGUAUCAUUACAUACACUACAAUAUCUAUGAUAAGCUAAAUAAACUGUUUAUAUAUUUUU